AACAGACCGUGAAGAAAAGGCAUCUAAACCAACAAUGUCCAUGAUGAUGGUGCAGGUGGAUGUGAUGUGCUGUAAAUCAGUAGGAACUGAUCUGUCUAUGCUGGAUAUUGAUGAUUUGAUGACAGAAAUCUGUCAGCUGAAGAAAGAGGUGAAGUUACUGGAGACAAAACUCAGAGAGAGAGACCAACUCAACAGAAAGGAUGUAUGUGGUGUUUCUCUCUGUGACUUCACUGAUCAAACAUCUCCAGAUCUUCUGCUUUCUGUCUGUAAUGAAGAGCAGAAGACAUCAUUGAAGCUGCUGGACUGUGAGAUGGAGCUGAAGACACAAAUCAAAGAAGAACAAACAGAUGAAGAUGAUGUAUUUUAUUCAGACCUGAUGGAAGUGAAGGAGGAGAAAUCAGAACCAAAUGUAAUGGAGAAAACUCAUUUCAAAACUGAAGAAGAAUCUCUGAGCUGCUUAAACAGUGAUGAUUUCUCACCCCAAAAGUCUCAAAGUGCAACAGUCAAAUAUUCUUGUACAUGGCCUCAGUGUGGAAAGAUCUUUACUUAUUACUACAACCUUGAAAAGCACCUCACAAUUCACUCUAGAGAACGAUCUUGCAUAUGUUAUCAGUGUGGAAAGACCUUCCGUCGUGAAUACCACCUUAAGAGGCACAUGAGAAUUCACACUGGAGAAAAGCCUUAUAAAUGUGAGCAGUGUGGAAAAAACUUCAUUCGUAAAGAAGACCUUAAUUCGCACAUGAAAGUUCACACUGGAGAAAAGCCUUACAAAUGUCAUCAGUGUGGAAAGAUUUUUUUUUAUAUCUAUGACCUUGAAAAGCACAUAACAAUUCACUCUACAGAACGUUCUUACAAAUGUUAUCAGUGUGGAACGACCUUCCGUCGUGAAUACCAUCUUAAGAGGCACAUUAAAAUACACACUGGAGAAAAGCCUUAUAAAUGUGAGCAGUGUGGAAAAAACUUCAUUCGUAAAGAAGACCUUACUUCGCACAAGAGAGUUCACACUGGAGAAAAGCCGUACAUUUGUGAGCAAUGUGGAAAGAGUUUUGCAUGGACAGUGAAUCUGAAAGAGCAUCUUCUCCUACAUUCUGGAGUAAAAUUUCAGUGUGAACAGUGCAAUAAAACAUUUAUUUCAGCAAAUAACCUGAGACGACAUAUGAAGCUUCAUGUCUGGGAUGGCUGAUCUAGUAAUGUAGCCAAUCUAAUUUUUUAUUUCGAAUUUAUGUUAUUUCAGCAAUGUUUAUAUCUUAUAGUAUAUAUUGUCCGAAGAAAAAGGCGUUUGUACAGUUUUGGGAUCUAAUUUUGUUAAAGUGUUAUGAUUGUUAACAAAUUCUGAGAAGAUACAGUUCAUCUGAUUCACAGUCUGCAGUCAAAACAACUGUUAUGUUUUUCAGGUUAGUGAAGGCAAUUUCUUUUAUACUAAAGGCACCAAGAAACAGAAGUUGAGAUUGACAUAUUUUCCAUAUCGUGAUGUUUAUCAGAGUGAAACGCUUUAUUUAACCUUUCCCUUUUUGAUUUGCUUUUGUAAAUUGGUGCAAAUGAAUUUUAAAAAAAUGAUGGUUUAUGGAUAAAUCAUUUAUAAUAAUCACUGCAACACUGUUUUAAACUCUUAGAAUUUUCCUGUUUUAUUUCAUGGUGACUUAAAGAGUGACAAGUCAGCUGGGUCAAGCUGUUUUAACUUCAUAUUGAAAAAAAGAAAAAAGGGAUAUAUAUCAUUAAGAAAUAAUAAAAUUAUCUGAAUUAUAACA